AAGUAGUUUUAAUCACCUUCUUCGUCUUAAUAACUUUUAAAGAUCAAUUUUUUAUCUUCUGGGUCCUUGACUCCUGUGCGUAUUCUUCAACUAUCAUCUCUUUCUCUCUCUCUCUCUCUCUGCUGUGAAUCAGGCGAUUGUGUAGUCUGUUUCAGAGGUGUUUGUUUAAGGAUUAUAUAAGUUUGAGGUUCUUUUCUGUUCUGCUUGGCAUAUACUCAUAAAAGAUCCAGAUUUCCCUUUAAGAGGAAGAUGACGAUUGAAAACAUUAAAGCAACAAAGGAAAAGAGGUCAGGAAAGAGCAAGCAGGUUGUAGUUGAUGAGAAAUCUCCAUUGUUGCCUACGAAGCACGGGGAAGAUGCUGGAUUUGAUGAAUUCAACGGGGCCUCGUUUAGUGGAGCAGUUUUUAAUUUGUCCACCACGAUUAUUGGUGCUGGAAUCAUGGCUUUACCAGCAACCAUGAAGGUUUUGGGGCUAAUUCUGGGGAUUGGGAUGGUCAUCUUUAUGUCGUUCCUCACAGAAGCUUCGAUUGAGUUGUUGAUUAGGUUUAGUAGGACUUCGAAAUCGGUUUCUUAUGGAGGUCUUAUGGGCGAUACCUUUGGAAAGUUUGGAAGGAUUAUGCUCCAAACAUGUAUAUUAGUGAACAACAUUGGUGUCCUUGUCGUGUACAUGAUUAUCAUAGGUGAUGUACUCUCUGGAACAACCGAAGCUGGAAUUCACCAUACUGGUGUUCUAGAAGGGUGGUUCGGGGCACAAUGGUGGAACGGAAGACUCUGUAUUCUUCUGGUCACUACCAUUGGCAUAUUUACGCCAUUGGCUUGCUUAAAGCGUAUUGAUUCAUUGAAAUUUACGUCAACAUUAUCAGUUGCACUGGCUGUUGUAUUCCUUGCUGUAACUGUGGGAAUCACGAUAUACAAGAUAAUAAACGGAACUGUUCUGAUGCCCAGAUUACUUCCUGAUGUUGAUAACCUGACCUCACUUUUUAAGAUCUUCACAGUAGUUCCGGUUCUUGUCACUGCGUAUAUCUGCCACUACAAUGUUCACUCCAUCGACAAUGAGCUCGAGGACAGCACACAGAUUAAAUCAGUUGUCAGAGCCUCUCUCACACUUUGCUCAAGUGUGUAUGUUUUGACGAGCCUCUUUGGGUUCCUCCUAUUUGGCGAUGGAACCCUCGAUGAUGUGCUAGCAAACUUUGAUGCCGACCUUGGACUUCCGCUAGGUUCUUUGCUCAAUGAUGUUGUUCGUGUCAGUUAUGCCGCUCACCUAAUGCUCGUCUUUCCAAUUGUUUUUUAUCCCUUGCGUCUCAACUUGGACGGUCUGCUCUUCCCAUCUGCAAGGCCUCUGGUUUUGGACAAUGUGAGGUUUGCAGUGAUCAGCAUUGGGCUUAUAGCUGUCGUCUUUCUAGGUGCAAAUUUCAUCCCCAGCAUUUGGGAUGCAUUCCAAUUCACAGGUGCAACGGCUGCUGUAUGCAUUGGCUUCAUAUUCCCUGCUUGUAUUGCUCUCAGGGAUCGGUAUGGCAUAGCAACAAAAAGGGAUAAGAUCUUGUGUGUAUUUAUGAUCGUCCUUGCUGUGUUCUCAAACCUGGUGGCCAUAUACAGUGAUGCCUAUACACUGUUUAAGAAGAAUGCAUCAAAACCUGAAUGAUUGCUUCAUAGUCGGAACUGUGAUCUAUGUUCAUGGGGAAGGCAGGUGGUUACUUUUCCCCAAACCGGGAAAGCAAAAAGCGGAUUAUGUGAAGACUGAAGUGCAUCAGAGAAACGCGUUUUUAAUGAACUUACCGAAGUCAAGUUUGAAUAAAUUCAUGCAUUCAUUCUGUUCAAUGUCAAAUUGAGCAGCGAUGUUCAAUAUCUAUGCAAGGGGCUUGCAGAUCUGGCUACAUUCCUGUUGUUUUCGUUUUCGUUUCUAGUUGAUUGCUUUGCAUGUAGAAUAGAAUGCAGAUUGUAGAAAACUCAAAUGUGCUUAUGUGAAAUAUAUAUAUAUAUAUGUAAGGAUAUUGGUUUCUUAGUUUGGCAUACCCUUUAUUGACUUCAAA